AUGCCGGUACACAUUCCUUGGCCAGCAACAGUUGCAGUGGUUCUUCCAAAUCUUGGUGGAUGGGCUGGGGCAUUUGUGACUCGGCAAAACAUCAGUCCAUGGUACAAGACGUUAAAUAAACCAACAUGGACACCUCCGAACUGGAUGUUUGGACCGGUAUGGACUGGUUUGUACUGUUCAAUGGGUUAUGCCUCGUACCUGGUGUACCGUGAUGGAGGCGGCUUUGAAAAUGCCGCAGUUCCUUUGUCUAUUUACGGAGUAAAUGUAGCCCUCAAUUGGAUGUGGACUCCUAUAUUUUUUGGAGCUCAUAAUAUUAAAUUGGCCUUGUACGAGAUCGCAGCACUCUGGGGAUCAACAGUAGUCCUAGGGAUAAGUUUCUUCAAAGUAAAUAAACUCGCCGGUGGACUGAUAGUGCCUUACUUAGCUUGGAUCACCAUCGCUGCCGCUCUAAACUACUCUGUUUAUCGGAAUAAUAAAAUCACUGAUGUAACAGACGAAAAAGAAAAGUAA